GCAUAGUGGGUUAUGGCCCGUUGAUCUUAUUCGAUUCGACUCCAUUCAUAGGAAAAAAAGAAUUCUACCAAAAUACUUCUCACGAAGACGAAGUCGCGGGCACAGCUAGUAAAGUAUAUAUUUGUUACAUUAAAAGACUCUUGAAUUCGUAAUAAUUUGAAUGUCCAUAACGUGCCUUACAUAUCGAUCGAUAUAAAAGUAUUUCUAAAUAUUACAGCAAUAAUGAGUUUUAAUGUGUUGUUAUCAAAUAGAGUAGUAGUACAUUUAUCUGGAAAUCGCCUAUCUCAUCGAAGUAAUACAAAGGACACGAGCUUCACAUUUUUCACACUGUCAUAGGUGACAGACGUUCGAUUUUCUCUCUUUUACUUUAAUUAAGCAAAAUGGUUGUUCAUAAGACAGCAGUGGUACCAAAUGUAUCAUUUCUUGUUAAAUCCAAAUCUUCGAAAUCAGACAGUAUACCUAAAUCAUUAAGAUACAUAUUCGUUUUCUUUCAAAUAAUUGCUGCAUUAGAUUUUGGAUUCGUUCGCGUGACUUCAGGAAGACAGAAGUAUCUUUUAAAGUUUUUGGCUUUCAUGCAAUCCUCAGUUAUUGUUACGUGGAUAUGUUGUUUGGUUGUUUCUAAUCCCAAUUUUGAAGCCGUAUGGCUUAUUUCGGCGAGCCUCAAGUAUUUUAUAUUCGUUGUAGUUCUGUUGUCUACUAAAUACUCUUAUUGUGACUUUCAAAAUGAUCUCUGUUUCUUCGACAAAGAAAUAAAUACAGACAGUGUAUCCUACAGGUUAGACAUAAAGAUGAUUAUGAGUCUAAUUGUUGUAGUUAUAUGUUUGGUACUUAAAUAUGUAUUCUUAAGUAAAGCGUUAGAAGCUGGUGGUGGUGGUUAUCUUCUUCAUUUUUUUUUAUUUGAUAUUUUAUAUUCGAUAGUCACCGUUAGCCUCGACUUUGUGAGAGUUACAUAUUUUUUAUUGUUCACUUGUUCUCGUUGGCGUAUUGAGAAAUUUAUUAAAUUCGUAAACCAAGACAAUGCUAACAUAGUUAGUUGUCAAUACCUGUAUAAAAAUAUUGCCGAUGUCACUGAGAAGGCCAAGGGGAACUUCAACUUAGUGUUUAUAAUUACGUUGAUGUACAAUACGAUUUCAACAACAGUUCAUAUAUUUCUGCCCUUCGCUGGCGGAUUAGUGAAAACUGAAUCCGGAUGGAAGUUAGCUGGUGACGUGUUAACUGUCGUGAAAAAUUUCUUUAUCGUAUUAGCACCAACGUUCACAGCUGGACUACUCUCAUCUGAGGUUGAAAAUCUAGUGUUAGCACUUCGCGAUAAAGUGCUUAUUGCAAAAGACGAGAAGCAAAGAGAGGACAUAAGAAGGUUCAUCGGCUACAUAGAGGCGCGCCCGCUCAAGUUCACCGUGUGCGGUGUGGUGCCCCUCGACUGGAACCUGCCCGUUAUCAUCGUCAACAUGUCAUUCACUUACCUUAUCGUGAUGAUACAGUUCACGCACAAAUACUAAUAUUCACCUUAUACUCAUGUUACAAACCACCCGCAAAGAUUAUACUAGAACUGUUUAUACACUUGUAUUAUACAGCGCACGUAUAAAUCCUUUGCAGUAUCUGAAGCAAUUAAUUUCAUACUGUUAUUGAUUUUAU